AUGUCCUCUGAACACUGGAGCUUCUUUGGGCUGCCACCCUUCUUCACCGAGCAGCACUCGCCGGCGACGCUGGACAGGCAGUCCACGCUGUGGUCCAACCUCCUUCUCGACCACGCUAUCUAUCACACUCAGCGCACCGCCGGCGGCGAUACCAACCCCCUUCUGCGCUUCUAUACGACCAACAGCGACAUUUUCUACAACCCGGCCAUCAACAAGCGUCUGAGCCCCGAGGGAGCUCACACAAUGCUGCAGGCGCUCGUUGCGCGCCACCCAAACCACGCUGUUGUCGUCUCGGACGGCGGCCCUAAGGACUUCUCUGUACUCGUGUGCACCACGGAGGGCGGGCUCAAAGGGAUAGAGGAGAACUUGCUGCGCUACAUUCUCGAACACGGCGAGGUGCAGACGGUGGCAAUGCUCUCGAAAAAGGGUACGGUAAUGACCUUCGAUGAACUCGCUGGCGGAGCAGCCCUCGGCUACGGACAGUCUCGCCCCGCGUACCUUGCGCGACUUUCCUCUGCUGCUGUUCCAGUUGCUGAUGUCGGCGACCUCUCCGAGGAGCAGGCAGUUCGCACGUACUUGCAUGCUCUGGACCAUCAUCCUGUGUCGGUGAUGCGCCCCUUCAAGGUGACUCUCUUUAAUCUCGACGGGACCACAACACAGCCCUACCAAGGCGUCAAGUUCGGUGGCGAGUGA